AUGUACGUCCUGGCCGUCACAGCAGCCUUUACAGGUCUGGCAGCUAUAGUAACCGGCCUGCGGCUGUACACUCGGUUCUUCCUGGUGAAGGCCCCGGGACUCGAUGAUGCGAUGCUAGUAGCUGCAUUGGUCUGCAGCUGCGUCUUCACAGCCCUUGUAAUUGUCGAACGACAUUAUGGCCUCGGCACCUCAGGAUCAGAUCUAGCGGCAGAUACAAUAUCGAAACAACUAUUUUACCUAUGGCUCUCAAUCCCCUUCUACAACCUCGCCUUAAUCUUCGCCAAACUCUCCGCCCUAGCCCUCUUCCGCCGUGUCUUCCACGCCCGCCACCUCCUCCCAGUCGUAUACGCCCUAAUGGGCUUCCUCGUCAUCGCGGGACUAUGGAUGACGCUAAGCGGCUUCUUCUUCUGUAUCCCCAUCGACCAGUUCUGGAAUCCGGUUGAACAUGUACGCCGCGCCCAUUGUCUCCCAGAAGGUCCAGUCUGGUUCGUCAAUGCUGGGAUCCAGGUAGCGACAGAUCUAGUCAUUUUGGGUCUGCCGAUGCCGUUGUUAUGGCACCUGAAUCUGCCUCGACGACAGAAAUGGGGUAUUAUGGUGGUUUUCAGUCUUGGGAUCUUUAUCGUUGCUACCAGUGUCACCCGCAUGUACCAAUUAAGCAAAAUGGUCCGCCAUGGCGAUUUCACCAGAACAAACGCCGCAGCAGCAGUCUGGUCCUCCCUCGAAGCAAACGUCUCCAUAAUCUGCGUCUGCCUUCCACCCCUAAACCCCCUUAUCAGCCGCAUCCUCUCCUACUGCUUCCUUCCCCAACCAAUCUCCUCCCCAGCCUCAAAACAACAAACUCGCACAACAAACUCCACCGAUAACACUCGUCCAGACGGGUUCAUUUGGUACAACAACCUCUUCUACCCAGAGCAGGCGGGGUAUUCUGCCAGUAUCUCGAAGGUGAAUACGAACGAAGACGGACAUGACCGUGGGCAUCCACAUGGACCUGAUGACGAUCACGGGAUACGUGUCGUACGGGAAUUGAGGAUGCAGUCUGAUUCGGUGUGUACUUCGCCUAUGGCUCCGGGGGUAAAUGCUCAGGACUACUUUGCCCACCCCGGGAGUAACUUCGGGAAUGAUGUUGUGACUUCGCCGCGUUCGCAGCCGAGCAUUGAGUGGGAUUUGGGAGAUUUCGAGUUUCCGGAUUAUAAAGGGAGGAUGAAUGCCCCUGUUGGGAGAGAAUAA